UCCGCAGAACUGAUCCCAACGCCUCUAACAAUGGACUAAAAUAUCUAGGGAAAAGGAAAAACUGCGAAAACGCGACUGCGAAACAUGCUAUGAUUUUUACAUUUAAAUUUGUUGAACUACAUUUAUUAAUUACAUUUUGAUGAUUAUUUAAACCGCAUUAAGGACUAAUUGGAAUACAAUGCAACUGUCUUUUAAAAUAUCUCUCAGCUGUAUCCAUUUAAAAAUUUUAACCUGAACGGAGAUGUAAAUGGCUAAAUGACACCCAUCUUACAAGGCAGCUUAACAAAUUUUAUAUAAAAAAGGAAAAGUGCCUUCCCUUAACCACUAUAUAAUUUUUGAAUGGAGUAAGUGAUCACUAAAGCGAAAUUUCAGAUGGACAAAUACCAACUUCAUUUAAAAAGAGGUGGAAAGAACAAUAAUCUUUUGUCACUGUGGGAAACGCCAAACAAUAUGAAUGAAGACAUUACGUUAAACAGGGACUAGCUGCUCGUCAGGGAUGGAGCGUCCGAGUCAGUUGAGCCCGACGCCUGUCAUUUAUGUCGGAAUACUGGACACUUCAACCAACGACACCAAUUGGAAUUACACAUCCAAACCUGGCGGGACAUCUGCGAAUCUUGCUUUUCAGGCCGGCUUAGGUGCAACCCUGUCUGUCAUAACUUUUGCCACUACGUUGUCUAACGCGUUUGUAAUAGCCACCAUUUACCAAUCUAGGAAACUUCACACUCCUGCGAACUUCCUUAUAGCCUCGCUGGCGGUGACAGACCUGUUAGUGUCCAUCCUAGUGAUGCCCAUAAGUGUGGUGUACACAGUGAGCCACACAUGGAGCUUAGGACAGACAAUCUGCUACAUUUGGUUAUCCUCGGACAUAUCGUGCUGCACAGCCUCUAUCCUUCACUUGUGCGUAAUUGCGCUGGAUCGCUACUGGGCAAUAACUGAUGCCAUCGAAUACUCCAAAAAGCGGACCCCAGCCCGGGCUGCUGGUAUGAUAGUCACCGCCUGGGUCAUAGCCAUCUCCAUCUCCCUGCCGCCCCUGUACUGGCGCCAUGUGAAAGCGGAGGAGCUGAACAGUUGCAACGUGAAUAAUGACAACAUUUUCUACACUAUUUAUUCAACUUUUGGGGCAUUCUACAUCCCCACCUUGCUACUUAUAGUGCUCUACGGUCGGAUCUACGUGGAGGCCAGGAAAAGGAUCCUAAAACAGCCGCUGAAGAAAGCGGGGAAGAGGCUGACUUCAGCGCACUUGAUCACGGACUCGCCGGGAUCCGCGGCGUCCGGCGCUUCGCUGAGCUACGGCACGCAGGAAAUCACCGCCCACGGCAGCGCUUCGUCCGACAGCCCGAACCAGGUGAAGGUGACCGUGUCGGACUCGCUGUUAGAGAAAAAGCGGAUCUCGGCUGCCAGGGAGAGAAAAGCCACCAAAACUUUGGGGAUAAUCCUGGGCGCAUAUAUCAUAUGCUGGUUGCCGUUUUUUAUUUACACGCUGCUGGUGCCAAUAUGUACAUCGUGCACUAACUACCCAGAGUUGUUUGAUGUGUUCACCUGGCUUGGUUAUCUCAAUUCUUUAAUAAAUCCGAUCAUUUAUACUAUGUCAAAUGAGGAUUUUAAGAAGGCUUUUCACAAACUCAUACGUUUUAGGUGCUGUGUCUCAUGAUGUGGCAUCCAGGCACGUGUCAGAAACAAUAUAGGCUACUUACCGCAAUUUGUUUCAAGUUACUGUACAAAAAGCAUUAUUUAAAACGCUGUUAAUGUCUAUGAAUAAGAAGUCGGCUAGAGAAAUAUGCGUUCGGUUUUAAAAACUUUAUGUAGACUGAGAAUAUAUGUAUAUUGAAACUAGUAUUUCUGCUAGGUACAUCAUGUUCAUUAUGGUUUGUGUCUGAUAACUAUAAAUAACAGAAUAUCUUCAUAAGAUAAUUGAUGCACUCUAUGUAGCUGAUGCUCAUCACAUGAGAAAAACAAUCAAGAGUGACAGUUGUGUUAGCAAUCUUAAUGAAUAAUGUGAAUAAACAGCACAGUGGCACCCCCCGUCCCCCUUUGUAUAUCUGCUGCUCUGGAGACGACAAACACCGAACCAGCAGCUCAUUCACGCGGAUUUUGCUCAGUGCUGAAGGCUGAAGGUAGAAUUUUCACAACUGCCUGAGCCUGUUGCUGUUUGAUAAUAAAAAUGCAAAUUUUAAGUUACUGUCGACCUAAAUGAAAUGUGCUUUUUGUGGCAAGAUCGUUGUCAGAGGCUGCUGUGAAUAUGUAUGUAUGUGUGCGUGUGUGUAUUUAUUUAUUUACGUUCGUUCGUUUUGGUGACGGACGAAAUCGAAUUUGAAAUAACCAUCACGCUCUACAUAGCUCAUUAAAUAGUUCCCUAUGAAGCUCACACACGCCCUCGCGAAAGUCACGCUCUUGUUUCGGUCGAUGUUUUCCUGUACAUGCAUGUUCUCCCUUCAUCUGCGUAUCUUCGUAUUCAUUAUUGGGAGGAAAACUUUUACUUGAUCCAUAUUCUCCAACACAUUUGCAUAUUACUAUUUAAGAUGAGCUCAAUGAAGGCAAUGAAGUAUAAUUGGCCUUUUACAGUUAGCAGAUAUAGGGUUAAUAUUGGCAUGGAUAGAAUGGACGUGAUCAAUUCACUGCGGCCAAGAUUUUAUUUUUCAAAAUUUGCUUUUGUAUAUUCUCAUUCUGUGUAACAUUUACUGUACGUCUUCCUUUCUAUAUUGCUGUUUGCUUUUCAAUUUGUUGUUCUCUAAAAGUACUCAAAUGAAAUGCUUUCUGUGUAUGUCUGUCUUUCUGUAAACUUUCUUUUUGUUUACUCUGUUUUCCUUUAUGGGUGAAUAUAUGUGGGUUUAUGGACAUACCUACUGCAGAAAAGAAGAUAAGAAAUACAGAUUGAUAAUGACUGUAACAAACCUCUAAGUGUGCCCAGUCCUGGACUGUAUUGUAAACAUAUCACAACAUGUUUGUAAAACACAUUUUAAUUACCCGUUUACAGAAGCCAGCAUGUACUAAUAAGCAAUUGUAGCAUCUUUGGAAAUAAAAUAUAUCAUGUCAGCAACACUGCCAGAUUAGUUUACAUUACCUACCUCUGAUAAGUUCUGAAAGGCAAAAUGCAACUGAGAUAUUUUGCGACUGAAAUGAUAGAAAUGUGCUAGAAGUUUUUUUUUUUUUAAGAUAUUUAUGGACUCAGUCUUGUAUGGAAAGGCAUAGAUUGCAAUACUCCAUCCAUCCACCCAUUUUCAAACCGCUUAUCCUACUGGGUCGCGGGGGUCCGGAGCCUAUCCCGGAAGCAAUGGGCACGACGCAGGGUAGAUUGCAAUACUAAAUAAUACAAUUCAUCGUUCAUUCAUGGAAAAAAGAAAUAGUCAUUUAAGCUAUUUUUUUUUUGUUGCAUAAAACCAAAUGCAUUGUAUUUCCUUAGCAUUUAUGUGUGAAUUACAUUUAAAAACAUGUCGAAUUCAAACCACUGCUGCUGCUACAAGGUGAAAAACAAAUAAACAAAUAAACACAAAAUUGAUUGGUUAUAUUCUUUGGGGAAAGUAGGAAAAGGACCAAUGAGGUGUUAGUUGUUCUGGAAAU